AUGGCUUCGGGCUCUUCCACUGUUGAUGGCAUCCUUUCCCAAUUGCCGCCCGCGAAAGACAUUCCUGCGUCCUUCUCCGCCAGCUUCAAACACUGGUGGGCUCUCGGCGAAAAGAACAGUGCCAUUGCCGAAGAGCGGCUGCUUCGACGGCUUCCGUCAUACCGAUCUACGCCGCCGGCAUCUCUGAGUAGCGAAGAUGGUCCGGUUGUGUCGUACAGGGAGCGAAUCCCAGUGCUUGACUCGAAGAACUAUCUGAAUAUGUUUGCCAUUCGGCCAACAGCGCCCAAACCCGACGCUCCCGCGCCAGCGGUCGUCCUACACGGAUACGGAGCUGGUCUUGGGUUCUUCUUCCUCAACUUCCCUGCGCUUGCAAAGUGGGCGGGCACGCGUGGAGCGCCUGUAUACUCUCUCGACUGGCUCGGCAUGGGUCGCUCUUCUCGCCCACCUUUCCGGAUACAUGCUAAACGCACCGACACGCCAGCCCGCGUAGCAGAAGCCGAAAACUUCUUCUUGGAUUCCUUAGAACAGUGGCGCGAAAAGAUGGGCUUAGACAAGAUGACGCUCGUCGGGCAUUCACUCGGUGGCUAUCUCUCCGUCGCUUAUGCUCUUCGACACCCAGAGCGCGUCAGUAAACUCAUUCUGCUAUCGCCUGCCGGAGUACCUCGCGACCCCAACAACACCGAGGAACCUUCUCGCGAGCUAACCGACGUGCAAAGUCGCGGCUCUGGCUCCGCGGAUCUUGCAAGUAGCGGAAGUGUCGACGCGCUCAAGAAGGAGCAAGCCGCGGAGAAGAAGAAGGAGAGCCGCUCGCGGAAGUUGUUCACGUACCUGUGGGAGGAAGGUUAUAGCCCAUUCCAAGUUGUUCGUUCGUCGGUCUUUUGGGGACCGAUGCUUGUUGGCAAGUACUCGUCGCGACGUUUCGGCGCUUUGGACGAAGAAACCACGCGGGAGAUGCAUGACUACAUAGUGAACAUCACGAGUAUGAAGGGCUCUGGAGAGUAUUGCAUAUCACACCUACUCGCUCCCGGUGCACACGCACGCAUGCCACUCGUCGACCGUAUUGCUGCCCUCAAGAUCCCGGUUGUCUUCGUUUACGGCGAACAUGACUGGAUGGACCCCAAAGGCGGAUCGGACUCUGUCGAGAACUUGCGUAAGGCCGGCAACCCGAACGCCAAGAUGUACAUAGUGAAUGACGCCGGGCACCACGUAUACUUGGAUAACUCCAAGGCCGUCAACAAGUUGCUUAUGCAGGAGCUCAAUUAG